AUGGAUAGCUCCCCAAUGAUCGCGAUUUUCGAAGAAUGUCAGGAGACUUCCUUAUCGCACGAUCGUCUGUGCAGUGCACUAAUGAACCUCUACCAACAGAUGCCCUUUUCCCACUUCACAGAGGAGUUCUUUGAGCUGUGCCGUUACAGCUUGGUUAGUGCUGAACGAUCACCCUACCGGGAGCGAACGGUUGACUUCAUUGUCCGCUUUGUGAUGCAGGCUAGCAAAAAUUCGGACUCAGCUUUCGACGAAAAUUCCACAAAGAACCAGUUACUCAUCAAGACAUUCUUGUUUUGUGCCAAGCACACGGUCCGGAUUCAGUCCAUACAUGGUCUGUGUCGACUGCAGGAUCCGACAAACAAGGACUGUCCUGUCGUAGCCAAUCUCCUUUGGCUCGCACGGCACGACAUUCCGGAGGUACGACGCACUGCUCUGGCCGCCCUGGUCCUCACAACAGUGACCUUGCCCUGUGUAGUUGAGCGGUGUCGGGAUGUCUCAGAUGCGGUGCGGAAAACAGCCUAUGGUAUUUUGGCUGAGCGGUCCGUCCUGCGACCACUCUCAAUAGCCAAACGCAUUGCCAUAAUCCAAGAUGGCCUUAAAGACACCUCACAGGAGGUUCGCAAGGCUGCCGAAGAGUUGGUGCUGGCCUGGUUCAAGGCAGUUGAUCAGGAUCCCAUCCUUCUGCUUCGUCGACUGGAUACUGAGGGCGUUCCACAGACCAGUCGCCUUUGCCUUGAGCGUCUGCUACAGAAUCUUGACGUAGAAACCUUGAUGAGUGUGUUUAAAAAGUGGUCUGAAGAAUAUUUGGACGAAAGUCGUGUAAACGACCUACUGGAGCUUUUGCAGGCUGAUUUGGACUACAACGAGAACAUAAUGGAGGCUGAGUGUGUUUUGGAGCAUGUCUUCCAUUUCUGUGACUCACUUGACCUCUCCGACGAGUUCGGACGCCGUCGUCUCUAUACCGUGGUUCGAAAUUGGUUGGUCAACCAAAAUGUUCCCGCUAGUCUCACUGCCUUCCUGCUCAAGCUCUACUUCAAUAUCGAGACAAAUGUGAUUAAUGAUAGUGCGAUCUACACUGAGUAUUAG